AUGAGUGUUCCUAAUUUGAGCGCCGACCAGAUAACAGAGAUCGAAGCGGCGGAGGCGUGCAAAUGGCUUCGAGCGGCCGGUUUCCCCCAGUACGCGCAGAUGUACGAAGUGAUAUUAGACGUUGGGUUGUAUGGUAUAGGCUGGUUAUCAAUACGUCUGCCAAACAAAUCCCCCUGCAACAGAUUAGGCUCAGGACCACAACCUUCGUUUAUUGACCUACAACUGUUCCGUGAUUCCGAACUGUUUCCGGAUUUCAGCACGCGUCUCAGCAGCGCCGCUGCAAAAGUCUUGCCAGUGCAAUUUUGA